AUGUCGUCCUACACCGCGUCCAAGGUCUCUGAGCCCGAAUUCGAGCAGGCUGUCGCCGAGAUCCGUUCGACUCUUGCGCCUCUCUUCAAGAAGCGCCCCGAGUUGGAGAAUGCCUUCAAGGUUCUCAUGAUCCCCGAGAGGAUCAUCCAGUUCCGUGUCACCUGGGAGGACGACAAGGGUCAGUGCCAGGUCAACAACGGCUUCCGUGUCCAGUUCUCGUCGGUUCUCGGCCCGUACAAGGGCGGCCUCCGUCUCCACCCGUCGGUCAACCUCUCCAUCCUCAAGUUCCUCGGUUUCGAGCAGAUCUUCAAGAACGCUCUCACCGGCCUGCACAUGGGCGGUGGUAAGGGUGGCUCCGACUUUGACCCCAAGGGCAAGUCGGACAACGAGAUCCGCCGCUUCUGCGUUGCCUUCAUGCGCGAGCUCUCCCGCCACAUUGGUGCCGACACCGACGUUCCCGCCGGUGACAUUGGCGUCGGCGGUCGCGAGGUCGGCUUCCUCUUCGGCGCGUACAAGCAGAUGCGCAACGAGUGGGUUGGUGUCCUCACGGGCAAGGGCUACGACUUUGGUGGCUCGAAGAUCCGCCCCGAGGCGACUGGCUACGGCUGCGUCUACUACGCCGAGGAGAUGAUCCGCGUCGCGCGCGGCGAGGACUUCAAGGGCAAGCGCGUGCUCAUCUCGGGAGCCGGCAACGUCGCCCAGUUCGCUGCGCUCAAGGUCAUCGAGCUCGGCGGCCACGUCCUCUCGCUCUCCGACUCGAAGGGCGCGCUCGUCGCCGAGGGUAACGAGGGCCUCUCGGCCGACUUCAUCAACCAGGUUGCCGACCUCAAGCUCAAGGGCGGUUACCUCAAGGACCUCUCGGCUCCUUCCGGCUUCAAGUACGUCGAGGGCGCGCGCCCCUGGAAGCUCGUCAAGAACGUCGACGUCGCCCUCCCCUCGGCGACGCAGAACGAGCUCGACGAGGAGGAUGCCAAGGCGCUCGUUGCCGCCGGCCUCGGAUUCGUCGCUGAGGGCGCCAACAUGCCCUGCACCCUCGAGGCCAUCAACGUCUUCGAAUCGUCGCGUCGCGAGAAGGGCAACAAGGGCGUCUGGUACGGCCCGGGCAAGGCCGCCAACUGCGGAGGUGUCGCGGUCUCUGGACUCGAGAUGGCGCAGAACUCGGCUCGUCUCCAGUGGACCGACGAGGUCGUCGACGCAAAGUUGAAGGACAUCAUGAAGAACGCCUUCGAGAUCGGCCUCGAGACGGCCAAGGAGUUCACCGAGGGCGGCGAGUGGCCUUCUCUGUACGUUGAGCGUUCUUCCUCCUCCUCCAGCUCUGGCUCUCUAUCUCUACCUCUGCUGACGCUUGGGCACACAGGGUUAUGGGAUCGAACGUUGCUGGCUUCCUAA